AUGAAUGUCAGCGAAGAGAACCUGCUCAAGUCCAUCAGCAACGACGCGCUCCUCGACCUGACGCAGCGCUACGGGCAGUCAGCCUUCGGGUUCGGCGCUGGCCAUGGUGCUGGAAGUCCCGGUCGGUACACGCUCGCGCCGGCCACCGACUUCCUCUCCGCGCAGACCGCGAAGUCUAACGAGAGCGGCGGGGAGCACACGAGCGACGACGAGGACGGCUUCGACUCGCUGGAGUCCCGGAAGAGGGGCUCGUCAUUUGGGGAUGACAAGCCCGGGGGGCCCCUCGCCAAGAAGUCCAAGGAGCAGCGGUCCCUGCGGCUCAGCAUCAACGCCCGGGAGAGGAGGAGGAUGCAUGACCUGAACGACGCACUGGACGGCCUGCGCGCCGUUAUCCCCUACGCCCACAGCCCCUCGGUGAGAAAACUCUCCAAAAUAGCCACUCUCCUCCUGGCCAAGAACUAUAUCCUCAUGCAGGCUCAGGCUCUGGAGGAGAUGAGGCGGCUGGUGGCGUAUCUGAACCAGGGACAGACCAUAACUUCGCCAAUCCCUACCGCCCUGGCUCCCUUUGGACAGGCUGCCGUCUACCCUUUCUCGGGCUCUGCUCUCGCCACCUGCGCCGAAAAGUGCACUACUUAUUCCGGGACACCGUCGAGUCUCUUCAAACACUGUAACGACAAGCCUUGA